GAGGAGGAGAGGAGGAGGGAGGAGGAGGAGGAGAGGAGGAGGAAGGAGGAGGAGGAGAAGAGGAGGAAGGAGGAGGAGGAGGAGGAGGAGAAGAGGAAGGAGGAGGAAGAGGGGAUUCUCCCUAUUAA